AUGAAUGAAAAAACCAACGCCAGCCACAACGGCGAUAUAAACAACACCGCAAAAACAAAUAAAAAUACCCCUACCCUUAUCUCUAUUCACAACAAAAGCAGCAAAAACAUCUCUACGCUGUCAUCUUCUCCGUCUCUGCAUGCAGAAGAUAAAUCAAUUAACAGCUACUGGGGGCGCGUUUGGUGGUUUUAUCGCCGCAUUAACCCUCGUUUAUUGUUUUAUUCAAACAAGGAUAUUGAAGAGGCUAAGAAGAUAGCUGAUCUUUAUGAGAAUAAUGCAAACAAAGAACUGCAACAGCUCAAACUAACUCCAGCAGAUAUAUCUGCUGCAAUUGAACUAAGAGAUGCAUCUAUCAACCGCAGCAACAACAGCAUCCUCCACCCUCUCCUUAGAAUGGCCGCAUAUGCACCCGUUAAUAUACCCAUUUGUGCAGGUAACUCAAAACAACGCGCAGCAGCAGCAACUGCAGCAGCAGCAAAUGCAGCAGCAAACGCGGCAGGAAAUGCAGCAGCAACUGAAACAGCAGCAGCAACUGAAACAACAGCAGCAACUGAAACAGCGGCAGCAACUGAAACAGCAGCAGCAGCAGCAACCACAGUAUCACCAGAGGAGAUAGAAGAACUCGCUAGCAGCAGCAGCACCAUCCGCAACAGACCCAGCACACCACCUGCAGCAACAACAGCAGCAGCAACAGCAGCACCGGCAGCAGUACCAGCAGCAGCAUCAGCAACAUCAGAAGCAGCAUCAGCAAGAGCAGCAUCAGCAACAGCAGCAUCAGCAGCAUCAGCAACAACAGCAGCAGCAGCAUGA